GAAAAAUAAUCAAAUCAAACUCUUCUCAUAAUUGCCAACCAGCUUUUACCAUGUGUUAAUGUGAUACUGUUCAUCUGAAGACCUUCCUAAUCUUUAGCUUCGCCUACAGAUUCUCUAUUCAAGUUGUUACUGAAUAUGCAACACUUUCAGUCCGUACAAGCAUGUUGAUUAAAUUAAAACAUUUCUAAAUGGAACCCAUACUUCUGAGCUUCCCUGUCCCUGGCUUUCUUCCGCUAACACCUGUGAGCGUCAGCUCGGUUGGCAGAACUUCCCUGUUUUUGACACAACCAGUUCCAGCAUCCAAGCUCCGACUUCCGAGACAAAUUGAACGCAGCAUGAUUAUAAGAGAAACCAGUGGGAGCUAAUUAUGGCGGCGCUACCUGCUGCUGCCCGUCCAAAACCUCAAUGGGAUUCUCUCCUUCGUGUUGAUUCAAACACUGAGGAAACGUGCUCACAAGUAGUGCGUGUCCCACUGGAUUGGUGAGACAAAAUAAACAAAAACAUCAGAAAUGCUGAUGAAUAGUUCAUGUCUGUAACUUGUUCUGCGCCUCUUAGGUGGCAGCCAUUAUUGACACUUUUUAAAUCAGUGUUCGUCUGAUGAAGGUUUAUAUUUAACGGGUCACAUCAGAUGGUUCUGGGAACCAGGAAGCGGUCGCUGCGUGAGUUUUCCCAGAGAUGUGAAUCCGAUUCAUCCAGCUUUCUUCGGUGAGGAUUUUCCACUCCAGGUUUUCAGUGAAUUUAGCAGCAGACUGAUACGUUUCUGUCUGCAAUAGUAGUGAUCUAGGGGGAAGGGAAACCAGGAACAUGUUGGUGAUUGCAAAAAUAUAAUCAGGUAAAUAAAUAAACCAGAGCCGUUCAGAGGCUAAUCACAUAAGAGGAUUAACGACGGGCUGCUGUUAAACAAAAAGCGGGUAAAUUUUCAUUAUUAUUAUUAUUUAUUUAUUUUUACAAACAACUCUCAGUAUGCAAUUCAUUGAAAAAGUAUUUACACCCCAAAAAUCUUUUUUUUUUCUUUUCAUAGUUCAUCAUAUUUAAAUGACAAACUAAUUGACUCCAUUGAGAUUUUGUGCAAUUGUAACAUCCAAUGAAAACUGCACUUGGCUUUCAACAUUUUUUAUAAGGAAAAAUCUUAACAGUGUGGUUGGCACUUGUAUUUAACCUCCAAUUACUCUAAUACAGAUAAAUACAAUUCAGUUUAGAAGUUCUCUAUAGAGUCUCAGCCAGAGGCUGGUUAGCUUGAGGAUAUUUAUGGAAAGAAAUAAAAAAAAAAUCAUCAGAAAAAACUCAAAGGAGAAAUCACAACUUGCAGUUUAAAAAUGACAACACCGAACAAGACCUAACGGUUUCUUUUUUUAAUGUUAAUAAUAAUAUUAAUAACAAAAAAGCAUGUACCCUUCUCCCUCCAGCGUCUCCCAGAGAAGAGGAGAUCUCUCCGCUUCUCUGUGACGCUGUGCGCCCCCCUCCCUUCCUCUUUCCCAACAAAUGUGAGGCGCACCAGCGGGACGGACUCAGCACGGUUCCAGUUCUUGUGCGCCAACUACCAGGAAAGUGACACUUGAAUCUAAAACCUCCACAGAAUCCAUCCGAACCGUGGAUGAGAGUCGGAGGAAGAAAACACGCUCCAGUUUGGGGAAAGAAGGGACCGCAGAGAGCUUUGCGCGGACAGUUUUCCUCCCUUGUUGAUAUAUAUAUAUAUAUAUAUAUAUUUUUUUUUUUUUCUUUUUCUUUUUGAGCAGCGCGCACAGACUGACAUGUCAGCGGGAGUAAAGACGUGAAUGAAGCGCGGCGACUCGGACCCUGCAGCGCCAGCGCGGCGGUUCGGUGAAAAAUAAGAGAAAAGGAUGAAAUCCAGGAGUCAGGAUCAGAGUCUCUCUGACUCCAGAGAGCUGGACAGAUCCUUCGACCCGCUCACAGGUAACCCUCUUACCAAACCCAACAAAAAGACAAUUAAACAGCGCUUCCUCAAACUUCUGCCCUGCUAUCCCUCCGGCUCCAGCUCUUCAAUUACUCAAAGAAGUUUAACUGAAGAGGGGGAGCUGUCCACGGUGCGUUACAGACCUGAGGGACUUGACAAUCUGGUUCAGCAGACUAAUUUCAGCAAAAAGGAGCUGCAGGUUCUUUACCGGGGAUUUAAAAAUGAGUGCCCCAGUGGUGUUGUGAACGAGGAUACGUUUAAAAGUAUCUACUCCCACUUCUUCCCUCAGGGAGAUUCAAGUAUGUACGCACAUUUCCUGUUUGAAGCCUUUGACACCCACAACAAUGGACUGGUUAGCUUUGAAGACUUUGCGGUAAGUCUGUCCAUCAUUUUAAGAGGAUCCAUCACUGACAAACUGAACUGGGCCUUCAAUCUGUAUGACCUGAACAAGGAUGGCUGCAUCACCAGAGAAGAGAUGACAGACAUAAUGCACUCUAUCUACAACAUGAUGGGGAAGCAUACUUACCCCAGCAUGAGGGACAGCGCUCCAAAGGAACAUGUGGACAGGUUCUUCCAGAAAAUGGACAAGAAUAAAGAUGGAGUGGUCACCAUUGAGGAAUUCUUGGAAACAUGCCAAAAGGAUGAAAACAUCAUGCACUCCAUGCACUUGUUUGACAAUGUCAUCUGAAUGCUGAUGGAUGGGAGAUGAGAAAAGCUCUGCCAUUGUUUGGAGCUCUGCUGAGGUUUCUGUUCCUGCAACAAUAAGAGGAGGGAAUCCACUCCACCAGACACUGAGCAGAAUGAGCCAAAUAUUAUGUCUCAAAUGUGAUAAGUUAUGAAUAGCUAACAAAAUUUUUGUUUGGCUGUAUGGAGAGGAUGGUGUGUAACCUGUAAAUACCUCUGCUAAAGUAACAUAAAGAAAAUCCCAGAUAUAAUCGAGACGCAGCUAUAGUUGCUAUAUUUUAAUGCAUGGAAAAGAUGAGGCCGUUUUUCUGUUUGCACAUCAAUCUACAUUAGAGACCAAACCUGACUGUACAGAAACACUCUCAAACAAUGAAGCGGCGCUCAAAAUGUAAAGUUUGCAAACGUUCUGAAAUCACUGUCCAAACCUGGAACUUGAGAUGGGAUGAAAGCAUGAAAUGAAGCCAUAAUCUUCCAACAACCUCUGUGUCCUAGAAGAACCUGACACAUUAACAUCAAUUUUUGAUUGUGUCUGCAUGAUGUAUGUAUUUUUUUUUACCAGCCAUUGAAAUGUUCACUGGGGAUGCAAACAAUUAAUCCACUUACGAUUAAUGGCUUAUUAGAUUACAAUUUGUUGAUCAAUUAGUAAUGUUCACUUGUCGAGCUCCUUAAGUUGUCAUGUUAACAGGGAUGAAAAAUUUGUAACAUGAUGGAAAGAAGCAUUGUGCCAAUAAGCAAAGGUUGAUUCUGAAGGCUGUUGUGAGUUAAUGCACUUCAUGGAGCGAAGUUUUAGCUUUCCUUCAAGAACAAUCGCACACAUUACUUAUACAUAAAUAUCAGGUAUAAGUGAUAUUUAUGGAUAUUCACAGAUAACACAAUUAUUUGUUCAUUGUGGAUAAGGUGUUUCGCAUAUUUCACUAUUUUAAUAUUUUUCUAUUCAGGAUUCUAAGAGGUUCUUGUGUUAUAUUUUAUAAAUAUGUCUAAGUUUGAUCAUUUUAGAAAACCACAAUGUUCUGUUUACCCAGUCAGUUUAUAAUACAGCUGACAAAAUAAUGUUAGCCCUUUAAAAUGUAGCCCUCUAUGCUAUGCUCAGCCCUCUUGAUAUGAGAAAACUCAGGUUUUUAAGAAAAUGGCCGCUUAUCAAUUAAUUGUUAGCCGAUUGAUAAGAUCAGUCAACUUUAGAUUAACUCAUUAAUCGAUAAUGUACAUCCCUAAUGUUCACUAAACUGUUCAGAUGUUUUAUAAAUGGAGGUGGUUACAAACUGGUGUGUUGUGGAAUAAUAAAAAAACCCAGAUACUAUUUAAAAGCAUGAAUUUUGUUUAUGUGCUUGUCGCUGAUUACCUUAUCGUUUAUAGGGCUGCCAAAGCUCAGUCUAAUUUAAAGAUUGUGGCGAGGGAGUUGUUGUUACAGAGAACUUUGAUGGUGAUAUAUUCCAGGUACAAGAGACGCAAGGACACAAAAAACUUGUAUCUAACACCAAAGACCUCUCCCACGUUUUUCAUGUUCUGAAUGCACUUUAUAAAUUAAGCCACUCAAGAUUCAACUCAGAAAUAUUUAAUCAAAAUCAAUACGACAAACAAAUAUACAGACUUAAUCACACACAUGAAAAUCAUCUCAAACUUAGUUGUAACACAAACAAGCUGAGGAUGUAAAAGUCAUAAUUAGAAGCGGUUAUCUUUUUAAGAAGGGAUGGAUGAUAUAUCUAUAUAUGCUGCUGUGUUGGGGAUCAUUUUCCUCAUGAUUCACUUUAGUCCAAGGAUUAUCUGACUUUAUCUUAACUCAAGCAAACUGUGGUAUACAGAGGAGUUUAUGGUCAAUUAGUGCUUUGAUUCUCGUUCUCAAACAACAAACCUAUUUACAUGCAGUGAGAGCACAACCUGAACAAUAGAUAAAAAUAGUUUGAAUAAAACAUGCCUGGCAAACAAACUAUCAAAUGUACAAGGAAGCAACUUAGUAACUUAUAUAAAUGGCUUUAAGGUUGAAAUGCAAACAUAACCACAAGAGAAAAAAAGUGAAGAUUGCUGUUGUUAAUAACAACGUGCAACUAUUUCACAGUCAUCCAUA